UGUAAGGAAGUGGUUAAGCACCAUACACGGGCCUGUAUAAGAUCCAGCAUAACCUUCUCCCAACAACUCGAGUUAUUGGGACCAACUGGUUUAUGACAUGGUAUCAGAGCCUGGUUGUCCGUGAGGUCACGUGUUCAAGUCCUCACGACCCCCAAUAUUAACCGUUGUCUUUCAAGCACAUGGUAUGGCGGGCCUGUGCAAACUUCAAGCCCAUGAGUCGGCUUUCGUUUGAGGGGGCGUGUAAGGAAGUGGUUAAGCACCAUACACGGGCCUGUAUAAGAUCCAGCAUAACCUUCUCCCAACAACUCGAGUUA